AUGGGUGAACCAUCGUGUUGUAAGGAUGCAAUUCCGAAGACGGGAUUAGAACAAGGUAACAUUCUACCACACCGUAAUGCCGAAAUGCAUCAGGAAGAUGUCAUAGCAGCAACGGACAAAGUUCCGAUGUCUGAAAAUGAUGGGCCUGUGGUGGACAGUGGUACAUGCGAAUUGGGUGCCGUUCGCGCAUCAACUAUUGCAAAAGUAGAAAAGGUUGAAAAUUCAACAACGGGCUCUAAAGAUUGUUCUUCGGAUAGUAUUCAGGACUAUAAUAAGUGCUAUGAUUCGCUAAUACAUGAGAUGUCCAAACUUUCUGUGGCAUCUAGUAGUGUCACCCAGGAUGUGCUGGAAAUCGCUGUGGUACACAGAGCCAAGAGUAAACGUUUAGAACUAAGGUUGUGUUCCCUGGAAGAUGUCAAGCACGAUGCUCUGAUAGAUCCACUCCACACGUCCGGAGAACCCGGAUACGAUAUCUGGGAUCUUAAAGCUCGUGAAGCGACGGUGCAGAGCCAGGCACUACACCUUGCAGCACUCUUCCAAAAUGAUUCGUCUAAUCGUUGGCUCAACGUUGAUAGCCUUGGAAGUGAAGCCAAGGCAUUGGCUGUAGUACGUAGAGGUCUACCGUCUCAGGUAUUAGCGGACAAAUUUGGCAUUGAGAUGACCCGGAAACACUUAGCAUGCCUUGACGGACCUCAUUGGUUAAAUGAUGAAGUCAUUAAUUUCUUCAUUGGCAUGAUACAGGAACGUAAUGAUCGACUCGUUCGUGAUGGUGUGAGCGGCGUGCCCCGGUGCUUCUGCUUCAACACAUUCUUCUUCAGCAUGCUAUGUGGAGCUGAUGAUCCAUGGACCAACUAUAACUACAAGUCGGUGGAACGUUGGACAACACGUCGCAAGGUGGAUGUCUUUUCAUUAGAUAUUCUGCUGAUACCUGUACACAAAAAGAAAACGCAUUGGUGUCUGGGAGUUGUUGACAUGCGCCCCGGAUCUCGGUGCAUCAUGCUAUUCGACUCUUUAGGUGGAUCCCACCGAACGUUUUUUACAAACGUCAGAAAGUGGUUGCAAGAUGAGCAUUUCCACAAAAAACACACUCCUCUAAAGGACCUCGACACUUGGAAGUAUAGUCGCACGUUCCAGUCGGAAAGUGCUGCACCACGGCAACACAACGGAUAUGAUUGUGGAGUGUUCCUCUGUCAAUAUGCUGAGUGCCUUUCUAUUGGCAAGCUUUUCGACUUCAGCCAACGAGAUGUUCGCUCUAGAAGGAUCAGGAUGAUACAACAAAUUCUACGAGGGUCAAUCUUCGAAUGA